AUGCUAAAGAUUCUCUAUCUUCUGAGUUUUUCCUUUGCCAAUUCCGAAGUUUGUGAGCUUUUUGAAUGGAUAAAAACCGAGCAGAGAAGCUAUAUUCUGGCAGAGAUUGGGUCGAAGUUGGAGAUUGACUGUACUUCUUCCUGGGGAAAGGGAGAGAUCUUCAAGUCAGGAGUAGAGGAGAAAAUCAACCACGAAGUCCUCCAAAUCGAGAAUCUCGAACUCCAUCAUUUCGGCGAAUAUAUAUGCAGAGCAGAAUGCGGCGGGGUAGUGAAAUGGAAAAGCAUCAAAGUUGAGCGACAAAAGCGAUUCUUCAGAAGGCCCGAUGUGCAAAUUGGCUACAAACUCGUAUCAAAAGAAGGAGAGAACUUUACGAAUACCUUUAUCAAGGAAGACUUGGUUCCUGCCUAUAAUAACGACAAUGGACUCUACUGGACAAAUCAAACCGUUAUUUUAGUCUGUGUUGUUUUCGCCGACCCACUUCCUUACAUCAAUUUCAACGUCUCUUCCAAUGGCAAGCUCAAAACCGGCUCGUUCAUCGCCAAAAAUGUCGUCUACACUUGGAAUCUUUACGAAAAAACUGACAAAAUUUUCUUCAAUUGCUCUGCUUCCAAUGCUUUUGGGAUGACCUUCAAUGGCGGAAUGUUGUACCGAAUUCAAUCGUUUCAGGAGAUUCUUGUUGAGUUCAUUCCUGUUUGGCUCCCUCCAUUGACGCUCUUUGCAUUUGCGUUUUGCUUGUUCUUCGACGGCUGGAGAAGAUACCAAAAUGUUUUCAAAUAUGAGCUCGUCCCGCUCAAACAAGAAAAUUUCCACCUUCGGCGAGUUGGCUACUGGUUUGGUUCCAUCCCUCCUUAUGCCAAGAUUUACAACUCAUCGAGCAUCGAACUGGUUGAAAUCAUAGACGAGGGCUUUUUUGGCUCCGUUUUCUUGGCAAUCUUGGAGAAGAAGAGAAAAUGCGUUGUGAAAAUGUCGAAAGAAGAGGAAGGAAAUUUGUUGGAGGAGAUAAACUUGAUGUGCAGAAUUUCGGACCAUGGGAAUAUCGUUCAGUUGAUUGGUGUUUUUGUAGAUUCGCAGGACAAAAGAAGUAAGGGCCUUCCACUCCCAGUUCUAGAGCACGCGCUUUACGGAAACCUCCGAUGUUUUCUCCGUUUUCAGCGUGGUCUCAUCGACAACACAAAAUCCCAACUUCCGAAGAUCUCCAUCAAACCCCCGUUUCUUCAUCAAAAAGCGCUUGAAAUCGCCCAAGGAAUGGCACAUCUGCAAAAGUUCAAAAUCGUCCACGGCGAUUUGGCCGCUCGAAAUGUCCUCGUUUUCGAAGAUUUGACGGUCAAGAUUUCGGACUUUGGAAUGUCGAAAAAACUCUCGCAGAAUUACUACAGAAAGACUUCGAAGGGCAUGCUUCCUUUCAAAUGGAUGGCUCCGGAAAGUCUCCGCGACGCGAUUUUUACGGAGAAAUCGGACGUCUGGAGCUUUGGAAUUACGAUUUGGGAGAUUUUCACCCUCGGAGAAACUCCUUACGCUGCCUUGACGGCCGAUGAAAUUCUUCCUCACUUGAACUCUGGCUCUCGACUUGAGAUAUUGGAGAAUAUGCCAAGAGAUUUGUUGGAAAGCUGCUGGCAGAAAAAUCUCGUCGAUCGACCAUCUUUUGAAGAAAUUUUGGAUAUUUAUUUGACACAAAUUUGA